AUGUCAGCAGCAAUCGCAGGAUCAGGCGCAGCUCUUGCAAAGGUACUACAGCGACCAGCGCAGGGCUUGGCGAGAUGUAGUCGGCAGCGCUAUCUCCAACUACGAGCACAGCGACCAGCUACUUCGGCGCAUGUGAGAGGGUUCGCGGCGAGCACGAGAGUGCUACAAAAGAAAUACACUGAAGACCACGAAUGGAUAGAAACCUCCAACCCUGAAAACGCCGCAAUAGGCAUCUCAACCUACGCCGCCAAAGCCCUCGGUGACGUUGUCUACGUCGAGCUCCCCACGGUCGGCACUACCGUCAGCAAAGGCGACGCCAUCGGUGCGGUGGAAUCCGUCAAAUCCGCCUCCGACAUCAUGACGCCUGUUGGAGGAGAGAUUCUGGAGGUGAAUAAUCUGUUGGAGGAGAAGCCGGGGACGAUCAAUCAGAGUCCCGAGGAAGGGGGGUGGUUGGCGAGGAUUAGGGUGGCGGAUGUGAAGGAGUUGGAGGGGUUGAUGGGGGAGGAGGGGUAUAAGAGUUUUACGGAGGAGGUUGGGGAGAAGUAG